UCAACACUGGAGUUUCUCCAAAGGUGUUUCUUUUCCAUAAAUCCUGAGAGAGGCACAAAGGUCGAGUCCAAGAAGAAAAAAGUGCUGCCAGUCAAUCCCAGAGUCCUGAGUCUCAUCACAGACAUUGCUGACCAUGAGUGGAUCUAGACCUACACCUCUUCUGUGGAACCAUUUGGUAAAGAGAAACUAGAUCACAGACUUUGCGAAUAUUUUUCUGUUAUCAGAAGCGUCACUGUUUGGAAUGUGAGUUGAACGCUUUUAAUAUUCUGAAACUUUAUAAGGGACUGUUCAAGAACUUGUUUAACUCUUCUUUAAAAUUUGUACAAAAAUUGGGCUGAACCUGGUAGUUUCAAGACUUUUUGGAUUUCAAUACUUCUACUGUUUUAAAAAUGUGUCAUUUGUUUAAAAAAGAAAGAAUGCUGUAUAUGCAUUGCUGAUUAAUAAAAGGUUGCAAUUGUAUCGAACUGUAGAGCUUCCACUAAGGCGAAAUAUAGACAGCAAUAUCACAUUAUAGCAUUAACAAGCAUUUUUCUAUCCAUUAUGUAAUUAAAAUAUUUUUUUCAUCUUACAAAAAAGCUUUCAUAUUUAAUAUGCAUUUGUAACAAUGUGAUUAAUAUGUUUUGUUAAAUUAUAUAAAAAUCGUAUAUUUAUGUUAUACUACCAUGAUAGUAUAAUGUACAAGAAAAAGUUUAUGUUAGAACAAUCAUUUUUUUUUUACCGUUUUAUAGUAUCCAGCACUAUUUCUCUCUCACCUCAGUGGCAGCUCUACUUCUCUGUACAUGUUCAUUGCUUAGAACAAAGGUACUUUUUUGUUCUUGAUGUUAAUGAAGUAUUCUUAGCUUUACUGCUCAGUUCUGUUAGGUUGAAUCACAUGUGUUUUUGGAAUUUACUAAAUUCAUAUUUUUACGGGGCAAAAGAACAUUUUACAUUUUACAGAGUGUUUUCAAAGCCCCACACAUACAAAGGAGCAGGUUAUCUUAACUGGCUAAAUCGCACUCACCUUGAUUUUAUUAGAUGUUCUUAGAAGAAAAUACUGAAGUUUGCAGCCUCAAAGCUAAUGUACAGUCUCUGUUAUCUGCCAUUGUCUCAAGUGCGAUUAAAAAUUUUAUUUUGUUUAAAGUCUUUACUCUGUAAGUUUACUCUGUGUUGAUACCAUGUUCUUAACAAUCGAUGUGUCUGGACUCUUGACACUCCACAUGCGCGGUUACAUCUCUGAGACGGUGUAUUGUCAACCUUUUAGUCUGGUUUUCCACAAUUAAGGACUCGUUAUAUUUCUUACAAAAUUAUUUACAAGUGAUGUCAAAAUGAAAAUUCAUAUUCUGGAAAAAAUAAAAAUAUCUUAAAUUCA